AUGGCGGAUUAUAGCGGAGCUAUCUCACUUUCUCAAGCGCAAGUCUCCGACGAUGACUCAUCGGAGCACAGCCCUAGGUGUGUCCCAACUUCCCCUGCAUUUUCUUCCAAGUCUAAAACUCCUACCAACAUGAUUGUCACCCUUGAUCAUCACCAUCACCAGAGGAAGCCUAGAGGUAGGCCUCCUGGAUCCAAAAACAAGCCUAAACCCCCCAUUGUUAUAACUAGAGACACUGACUCUGCUAUGAAGCCUGUCAUUCUUGACAUCUCCGCUGGUUCUGAUAUUAUUGAUGCUAUUAUCACCUUUGCCCGUUCUAACCAUGUUGGUAUUUGUAUUAUCAAUGUUAUUGGCUCUGUAUCAAACGUCACCCUCCGCCAUCCUGUUUCUCAAGCGCCGGCACUCUCUCUUCAUGGACCCUUCGGGUUGCUCUCUUUGUCUGGCUCAUACAUUGCAUCUACUACCCUAUCUUCUUCUACUGAAACGUCCCAAUCUUCUCAGCCAUCAAGCUCACCCUCGCCUAGUUCCUUGUCUUCCAAUCUGUCUUGCUCUUUUGGUAUAACUCUUGCAGGUGCACAAGGGCAAGUGUUUGGAGGGAUGAUAGGAGGGAAAGUAAUAGCAGCAACGCAGGUGAUUGUGGUGGCUGCUACUUUUGUAAAUCCUGCGUUUCAUAGGCUGCCUUGUAAAGGUGAUAAUGAAGGUACUCAUCAGGAAACCAAGCAUUGUAUUCACGGUAACGUUGGUGGUGGAGCUUCUGGUGCAACCGAGUCAUGCUCUUCAACUGGCAUGUCCACGGCUGUUUACAGUGCACCAUGUCCCACUCCACUUAAUUGCCAGAUCUCGCCCGAUGUUAUGCCUUGGGGUCCACCCUCACGUCCCUUUUGA